CUGACGUCAGGGCGGCUACAAUGCUCUUAAACUCAUCUGCUGUGUGAUCCCUCUAAAAAAUCGCCCCACCAGUCAGCGGCUUCUAACGUGCGAGGCUGCAUUCACUCCCUUUACUUUCGGCUGCUCUCUCCCUCUCCGCCUGCGCAAUGCAUUCAUGAGGAAAACCGUAAAGUGUUAAAUGUUUGAAAUCCAAAACCGCCGAAUUCACAUGCUGAAAAAGGACUCCGCUACUCGUGCGCGCGGCACUGCUGUGUCUGUGCAAUAGACUCUGCAAAGAAAAACUCCUCUCACACGCCUGCAAAGAAGGACGCUGAAAAGCUCAUUUUUCAGUUUUCAAGACAAAACGCUCAAAAAUCAAACUGGCUCACGUUCUUCACAACCAACCCAGUUUGACAGCUGCGCUUCACCCCGCUUGGAGGACUGUCAGCAGCAAGAGGAUGGCAUCAGAGCUGGCAAUGAGCAACUCCGACCUGCCCACCAGUCCCCUGGCCAUGGAAUAUGUUAAUGACUUCGAUCUGAUGAAGUUUGAAGUGAAAAAGGAGCCGGUGGAGCCCGAUCGCAACAUCAGCCAGUGCAGUCGCCUUAUCGCCGGGGGAUCCUUGUCUUCCACCCCGAUGAGCACGCCGUGCAGCUCGGUGCCCCCUUCCCCAAGCUUCUCGGCUCCCAGUCCGGGCUCGGGGAGCGAGCAAAAGACACACAUAGAGGAUUUCUACUGGAUGUCCGGUUACCAACAGCAGUUGAAUCCAGAGGCGCUGGGCUUCAGCCCCGAAGACGCAGUCGAGGCGCUGAUCAACAGCAGUCACCAGCUCCAGUCCUUCGAUGGCUAUGCCAGGGGCCAGCAGUUUGCUGGGGCAGCCGGAGCAGGAGGCACCAUGGCCGGGGAAGAGAUGGGGUCCGCCGCAGCGGUGGUGUCGGCAGUCAUCGCUGCGGCAGCCGCUCAGAACGGAGCGCAACACCACCACCACCACCAUCACCACCACAACGGCAGUCACCACCAGGCGCAGGGGAUCCAGUCCAACGGCACCUCGGGGACAAUUCACCCACACCUGCGCCUGGAUGACCGGUUUUCGGACGAUCAGCUGGUCUCCAUGUCAGUGCGGGAGCUCAACCGACAGCUACGGGGGGUCAGCAAGGAAGAAGUGAUCCGGUUGAAACAGAAGAGGAGGACCCUAAAGAACAGAGGCUACGCGCAGUCCUGCCGGUACAAGCGGGUCCAGCAGCGGCACGUCCUGGAGGGGGAGAAGACGCAACUCAUUCAGCAGGUCGACCACCUAAAGCAGGAGAUCUCCAGGCUGGUCCGGGAGAGGGACGCGUACAAAGAAAAGUAUGAGAAGCUCAUCAGCAACGGCUUCAGAGAAAAUGGAUCCAGCAGCGACAACAACCCUUCAUCCCCGGAGUUUUUCAUGUCGUCGAGAAAAUUCCUCCAUCUGUGAUUUCCAGCCCCAUCCCUCCGUGCCCCCGGCUCUCUGAGAUAAACCUUACGACUGAGCAGCGAUGACAUCAGAGUGGCCGACCAAUCGCACGAAGACACCUACAAAGCACAACAUUCAAAAAUGACUUCACUGAAGAACAAAAGACGAGACCCGCUGAAAUCCCCACCAAAAAUUCUCACAGUGAAAUUCUUGACAGCCUCUUGCUACUCCUGGUUCCCUCCCUGAUAUUUUACCUCCGGCUUUUUUCUACAAAACAUAAAAGAAGAAAAAAAAAAGAGACAGACUCAUAAUUAUGAGAUGGUUGAAACGCCAGAUAAAUACACUGGAAGGACUAUUUUCUCUUUGGUGGGAAUAUCAGUGAUGCAUGCUUCUGUAAAUAGAUCAUAAUAAAUCCCUAUUCGUAUUCCUUAUAUAGGAAACAUAACAAGUUGCUCUCAGCUACUUCAUCAACGUUCAUGACUGUGCAUAGAUUACUCAUGGUUCAGUGUUUUCCAUAUAAAGUCAGUAUCAUUCUUACCUCCUCAGAGAACAUGUAAUUAUAAUUUCCAAUAUCAUUUCUCUACCCUUUGGAUUGUAAAAAGAUGUGCUUCCUAUUCUUCUUAUUCUCGUUACCAAACAGCCUAGUCUUCCUCUUUAAUAUCCGCAUUAGUACAUGUAAAUAGAGACGAAUGAUGACAACAGCAUGGAACUGACUAUAGUGUAUAUUUACCACUUCCCCAGUAGAUCACAAACCUCAAGAUGUGGAUACUUCAAACAACCUUUUAAAACGUUUUAAGAGCUGGUUUUCUCAUAGUUAAAGAAAUAUGUACCCAGGUGUCAGGACACUUUUUUCUGUGAAUCUAAAUAGAUGCAUAAAGGCAAGAGUUAUCAAUAUUAUUAUUUCAAUACCAUUCAAGAAUCUAGAGUCAGCAGUUACAUUGGUAUCAUCGAUCAGUUCCAUCAGGAAAUAGCUGUCAAACUGAAGAGGAAAAGCUAACCCAAGCAAUGAGUGUUAUAAAUAUUUCUUCUUUUUUUUUUUUUUUUUUUUACAUUAGAUUUCUCUUAAAAUCGUCCUUUUGACUCUUUCAAGUUGCAAUAAUAUCCCUCCCCAUCCCAGUAAGUGGGCUGAAACUGCAGUAGCAAAGCUGCUGUCAUCAUGAGUGGGCCACUUCUUUUUUUUUUUCCAUGGUUUGAGAUGGUGCUCUGAUCCUGGGCCGACGACACCUCAUUGAUUGCAAUGUAGACAUGAGGACUCUGACCUCCAUCUGCUAUGGACUAUGGAGAUAACCAAAUGGACUGAAAGAUAACAUGACAAGCCAAUGAACAGACAGCAUCCAACCAAGACAGAAAACCUUUGCAUGGACAACAGGGAAACUGCUACGUUGUUUAAUGCCUAAUCUCCACCUCUGUGCACCCUCUACCUCUCAGCGUGUGCUGUGCACCAAGAAAACCAUGACUUAUCAGCGGCCCUUCGCCUUCCCUGCUGUCCCCCACAGUCCACUUCUGUGCUUCACGUCUCUAGAGCCUCAUGAGGAGAAUGAAGCUCUGUGCACAUGGCAUUGGGGAAAUUUACCAAACGCUAGUUCACUUUGACUUAAACACACUCACAGAAAUGAGCGCAUGCAUACAGAUCCAAAAAUCCUACACAGCACCACUCGAAUAUGUUGCUGUAUAUAUGUACAGUAUAUCCACUAUUUAUAGUCUCAGAUGCUGUGCUCUGCAUGUUGACUUAUAGAUGGAACGUGACCAUUAAUCAUAGAAAAAGCUGUGCAGCUAGUCGUUGGAUAGACUUUCCCAAUCAGAAUGGGAAUCCCAAUGUCAGAUGACAUGUCCUUACUUUGCUUUUGAGUAUGGUAAAAUAGUUUUUACAGCAACAACUCCUGUUGUGAUGAGGCCUCUUCAGCAAACAGCCACCCUGAUAGGUUUUAAAGUCUUUGAAGGGGCACAUACAGUAACCUGGUCUUUGAUGUCAGACAGAACCUGGCCACAGCGAGCGUGGGUAGCAGAAAAGAGGAGGGGGAGGCAAACUGGGGCGCUCCAAUUAAGUGGCAGCACACAAAGUGGCAUGGGGCAUCCUGCCAGCAACUGUCUAUUCAUCCUAUGUCAAAGGGAUUUGCACAUCCCAAUGAGUCUACAUGCUGCCAGAGAAGUCCGAGAGCAGAGCAGAGAAAGGAAGGAAGGCGCAGAAGAAACAAUAAAUAGGAACUGGUACUGGAUUGAAAAAUGGAAGGUUGCGCUGCACCUAUUUUCAAGUUUUCUCUUGGUCUGCUCCCCUGCAGAAUAUUCUUCCUGAGCAGCAUCUAGCUUAGGGAGCUCAGUAACCUUGUGACCUCACACAGUUACACCGUCAUGCAGCUCUCUGGGCUUUCACAACUUGAUGUCCUGUCUGAGGUCAGCUGUGUUAAUGAGCUCCUCACUCGGCAGCCAGAUAUUCAGCUUCUGACUUAACACUUUUUACUCUUCUUUCUCCACUAUUCUUUACAGCCUGACCACUACAGCUUCUCUUCUGAGCAAAGCUUCAAUAAAAAUGUUAAGAAUAGAAAAAUGUGAUUAAAACAAUUCAAAUUAUAACAAUCUAGUCAAGGUACCUUUUAUUUUCAGGAGAGGUUUAAUAUGAGCAGAAUUCAGGCACUUAAUCUUUUUUUAAGUUGUAUGCCCCCACUGUGUGUAGCCAAUUUAUAGAAUUCCCAAACAGUCUGAGCAUCCACAUGAGCAUAUUUACAGUCAACAAGUAAACAAACUUGAAAUGAGGACUUACGACUUAGCAGUGAUUAGUUGAAGAAGAUUUUAAAUGCAGGAAAGGAUGAAGAUAUCACUCAAACACGAGACGUCACAUGUAGUGGGAAGAAAGACACUGAGCGAGUGCUGAUCUUCUCUGAGCCUCAAGGCUUUCCACUUUCCGAGAAAUCAAACAAAGCCCUGGUUCUGCACAACUGCAGGCAGUGUGUGACAGGUUGAUUUGUAUUUCUGUAUUUUUGAAUGCAUGAGCUGUGGUGUUCUGCCCUGACAGUCAGGCGGCAUAUGCGUUUUUAUCUGGCAUUGACCCUGACUGGGGUCAGCACUCGAACAUAAACAUCCAAUGAUGUAUAUGUACAUAUACAGAAAGUAUGAUCGUGCACACAGAUGCAACUUCGCUUUCUCCCUCUCUCUCUCUCUCUCUCACACACACACACACACACACACACACCACACUAAUCUAAACAGCAAGGCUGUAUGUAAACAGAUCGUCGACAUAAUGGGAUUGUUCAGUGUGCAAACAAUAAGCUGUUAGCGUAAUCACAGGUCAAAGAUAUAUUACCCAGAGGGCCACGCUGUAUGUAUAUUAACAUGAUGGAUAUGUUGAAGGGGGAGGGGAGCAGGGGUAGGAAGGAUAUAGAGCGCUACUGAUUUAGAUUUACCCCCUAUUGGGCCCUGUCCACUGCCUUUCUCUACUCCUCCUCCCUCGUACGGGCCCCACUUAAUCAUCCUUCCUUCUCUUAUACCGCUUCUUCCCUCCAUUCACCCUCCACUUCUUUAGACACACAUCCCUAUUUUUCUUUCCCAUUUCUCCACUCUAAUACCUUUCUCACCUCCAUUCCCUGCCCAUUUCCUCCUUUUUCGGGAUAGAUUUUAAUCUCCUUUCAGCAAAGUGUCCCAUCCAUCUAUGUGGUCAUUGUGAGAGCAGGAUAAAGCAGGUCCACAAUCUUGUGUUUGGAUUACGUAAAGGGGGUCCCAGUCACAUUGUCCCACUGACAUGUCUGAUACAAAAACACGAUCGGGCAAAGCAAGGAAAAGCCUAAUUGUAGCAUCAAGUUAAAAAUAACCAUAUGGAUAAAGAGUGUGAUAAAUAAAACAGAGAUAAAAAAUUAUCUCGACUUCAACACAAUGAAAGUACAGUUCUUGUGUCUCAUUGAGUAGCAGCAAACAAGAGCGGUGUCAGUCAAGAUAAAGCCUGUGUAGCUCACUCCAUUACACAUACAGCUUAUUAACUUAUCUCGGCUUUAUUUGAUUACCAUCUAGCCUAUUCUCUCAACUGGUUAAUAAGUCUGUGUCCUCCUGGCUAAACACUCCAUUAGUGUCAUCACUGACUGGCUAUGGUGUGUGUGCAUACUGCGUAAGUCUGUAGACCAUUGGAGCAGAUACACAUGGAGGAGGAGGAGGAGGAGGGGGGAGCAGAGUAAACACAGAGGUAGAACACCAGGGAGGAAAAACAACCUUUAAGACAGACAAUAGGUACAAAGGUGAUGAUAACAGUGACACUCAAGAUCCUUUGGACUUCAUGGGGCUUGAAUAAAUAACCCAGCAUUAAAAAUAGAAUACUGGCUUGUGUCUGUGAAAGGGUUUUAGCAAAUGAGAAUAACCAUGAAAAGCUGGUUUAACGAAGCUGUGACAUAUUUGGCUAUUAAAAUGACCAGCAAUAAAUUAACUUCACUUUCAAAGGGGAAGGCGGUUUCAGGGGAAGUUUUUUUUUUUUUUUUCCAAGAGAAAGUGCAAUGACACAAUUAUCAGUAGAAAAGAUUAGCAACUGUGUAACAUAUCUAAGUCUAUAAUCAAAAGUGGAAGUAAGCACUACAACUCCCAGAGUGCAUUUCAGCAAGGGAUAUCCUAGCACUGAGCAAAAACGUUUCCAGAAAAAAUACAAUCUGCUGCUUCAAUUAUUGUUUUUGUAUCAACUUUAGAAUAAUACAUCAGCUUUGGUGUCAUUUUUUAAAUCUCCCGUUACAAAAGCAUGUAUAAUUUUUUGUAGGUUACAAUUCCUCUAAUUUGCAUCUCUUGCGUGCAUUAGUGUUCAAGGCUCAUGGGUUCACAGGUCUACAAACAGUCACCAUGCCAAACCAAAAAAAAUAAAUCAUAAUUUCUUGAAGUCAAAGUUGUAUUAAAGUUUCUGUGCCUCCUUUUUAAGAACAUCAGAGGAUAAUGUUCAGUACAAAUGUAAGUGGGAAUACACAGUGGGAAAUCCCAGCAGCUUCUUCGACAUACACAAAUCUAUGUUUUUUUUCCCCUCUGUCUCUCUCUCUCUCUCUCUAACAGACAUAAACACUGUCUAUGUGUGUGUCUGGUGGGGUGUCAUGAUUAACAGUGACCUCCAGUCUGACAUGGUUGGGGUGGUGGGAGGAGGGUCAAAGGUGGAAGGAUUACAGUGAGGCAGUCCAUGUCAACUGCUCCGCUCUAAUCCUGACCCCCAGGCAGACUCCAGACUCUUGAAAAAUCAACAUCGUCAUAACUUGAACACAAAAUACUUUGCUUGUUUAGGUAUUUUGGCUUACAAUUAACUUGGUAAAAGGCUUAAAUGUAGCAUCAAAGGCAGCAUAGAUUUGGAGUUAAUACAGUGGAUGAAGGCUCUUUUAAUAGCAAGACAGCAGCAAAGACGGAGCAGACCUCCUUAUGUCACGCACCUAAUGACAGGGCUGUAUAAUGGACCUUUAAAGCCCUUACUCCCACCUCAUUCUGCCCCGUGCAUAAGCUGGAGAUCUGUUUGCCAUCAACCCCCUCGCUGAGAUGAGAUGGGCACCCAAGAAGAUUUGGGGGUCGGAGUCAAUCGGAUUAACCAAUAUGCCUCAAUUUAAGUAAAUGCUUGGGGCCGACCUCGGUGUAAUAGCAUUGAUAAACGCAGUAAACCAAAUCUUUAGCUUCUGAUUAGGUAAUGGAGGAAAACAAAUGCUUUUAGCAACAAUGAUCUGUGGGGAAAUUGCCAAAACCCUUGUUGUAUUUGAAUGCAUCAAAACACACACAGGCUCAGUUUGUCAUAAGCAGUAGGGAGUUGGGACAAAUACCCAAGUUGCCACUAAGGAAAUAAAUAAACAGUGAAGUAAUAAAUCGCCAGAAGCUGCGGACAGGUGGCAUUUCAGCCUGCACCGUUUAGCUGUGCAGUCUGCUUUCUGACAGCUUGAUUUAGUCCCUUGCACCUGAGCCAGAAGAGAGAAAAUUAACUGCAGGAAAAACAGCUUAACUGGAUUCCAAUUUGCCUGCUUUGAAACACAAUUGAUGAAGCUAAUGGAUAAGAAAAACUUAGAACUGCCUGUUUUUUUAGCUGAUUGUGAUCCUGUAAAGGCUGUGCAUGUUCAUUCAGGGUCAGGUGCACAGGAAGUUGUUUUGAUAUAACCUUACUCUGCCUUAUCAGCCUGGUUUUGUUUGGCUGGCACAUUGUCUUUAGGAUGUAGAAUAAAGAUUAAAGAUGGCUCAAGGGGAGAUGCUAGGAUGCAUGCUGUUCCCCCUGCUGUGAACAGGGUGUAAUCCUUCAGUUUUUUCAAGGAGUGAAAAGUUUGGAGAGUCCAGAAAGUUACGCAUAUGUCCCUUCUGGGCCCCCUACGGAGCAGUGAGUGUGACACAGCGGGGGGAUAACCAUAUGCUAUCAAAGUGUUCUUCAAAGCUCCCGUCUUUGGUCCACGGAAUUAUACAGUAUCAUCACAUAUACCUGACAAACGCAGAAGAAACAUAAUUAUGCAGCUCAGUGUACAAACAGGAAAAACAAUGGAUAUCCUAAAAAUAUGUUUCACAAAAUGUGCUGCCUUUGAACUGUGAAGGGACAUUUUUGAAUUUAUCUUGCGAAGUGACUUUGUUUCAACUUUGUUCAAACAGUAGCCGUGUCCCAAUGGUGUGGGUCAGCUCAUGAUUUUGUAUUUACAUGCGUUUAAAAUACUGCUGCUGGUGGACAAUUAAAAAAUUUAUGGUUCCUAUCACAAUGAGCCCCUGCUCUGCUACCAAAGGUUAAUUCGCGCUCGCCCCUCAUUUCAAUUGUACUGCAGUAAAUGUCCACAUUAUUUCCCACAUGGGCCUGGACCAAGGGUUUGAUUAUCCAAAGGUAGCCCUUGGUUGGCUCUGUUAUUGUCAGAGGGGUCGUAAGCUGCAGUAACAGCUUCUGGGGUCUUAUUGCUAUGGCGAUCAGCCCCCUGCCACUUGGCCUCCAUGACCCCAGUCAGAGAUAAGCUUUAUGGGAAAGCACAUUAACAUGCUCCUGCAGUCACCUCCCUCCUUUAUCAAAGGCAGUGUUGUGAAAUCAAGUGUUUAUGGACCCCCGGUGAGGACAGGGGGCUGCUGAUUGCCUUUAUUAGAGGUUGAGUAUAAUUGAGCAGGAGGUGGACACAGGACCUGUAGUAGUGGG